AGAAAAAGGAGAGGAGCGGAGGAGAAGGAAGAGAUAAAGGGAGAGGGAGGGAGGUUUUUUUUCUUUUCUCUGCACUCUCCUUUUCGUUUUCACGGACCCCCCAAGAAUGCCCAAGUGAUCGUAAGAAGUCCACCUUCUUGAAGAAGCUAGGGCAUAUCAAGCGGAGGACCUGAAACUCUGCCUGCCAUGGAGUUCCAGGGUGAUCUUGCAGCUUGAAACCCUAAGUUUUUUUUUUGUUUUGAGGGGAGGGGUUAGUUGGGUGGGGUUGGCUGAUCGUUGGUGGGUCGCAUCUGGAGCUGCCCCAAUCUGGUCUUGGUGAGGAAUAUUUUAGAUUCGUUCUUCUUUUGUGUUGGAUUGUGCUUAUUUCCAGAUUGGGAAGGUUUUCAUGUUCAAUUGGGGUUUAGGGAUGGACGAGGAGAAGAAGAGCGAGAGUCAUUUGACGUCCGCCGCGGCGUUUGUGGAAGGUGGCAUACAAGAUGCGUGUGAGGACGCUUGCAGCAUCUGUUUGGAGCAGUUCUGCGAUAGCGAUCCUUCCACGGUGACUAGCUGCAAACAUGAGUUCCAUCUCCAGUGCAUCCUUGAAUGGUGCCAGCGAAGCUCCCAGUGCCCCAUGUGUUGGCAACCUAUCAGUCUUAAGGAUCCAGCAAGUCAAGAGCUGCUUGAGGGAGUUGAGCGGGAAAGGAACUUUAGGCUAAAUCAAUCAAGAAACACAACCAUAUUCCAUCAUCCAACACUUGGGGACUUCGAACUACAACAUCUUCCAGUAGGCGCAAAUGAUUCUGAACUUGAAGAGCGUAUUAUCCAACAUCUUGCUGCUGCUGCUGCCAUGGGGAGGGCACAUCAUUUUGCCAGAAGAGAAGGCCACUGGAGUAGGGCUGGUUCCCAUGGUCGGCCACAGUUUCUGGUCUUUUCAGCACAUCCAAAUGCACCAGCUGUUGGUCCCAUGUCUGCAGUUCCCAGAGCUAGUGCAAGUGAAUCUUCCCCAACUGUCGCUGUUUUAACUCCAGCUGCUCCUCUUUCUUCUGUUGAAGAAGAACCUCAACAUGGUAGUCUUUCACAAACGCCUCCUCGUCAAGUUGAUCAAAUACCCAACUCAGCAGCUGCAAUGGCUACUAAUAUAAGCAACAGACUUAGCAUGUCGAAUAAUAGGAGUGGUUCAAGUCACUCUUCCCCUGUCAGUCAUGAUCGAGCUGGGCCUUCCGAUUUCCAUUCCUUCUCGGAGUCCCUGAAGUCUCGUUUCAACGCAGUUUCAACACGAUACAAGGAGACAAUUUCAAAGACUACAAGAGGAUGGCGGGAGAGGCUGUUCUCACGAAAUUCACCUGUACAAGAUGCCAACUCUGAAGCUAGGAGAGAUGCAAAUACUGGCAUAGCCAAUCUUUCUAACAUGAUGGAGCGCCUGCGAGCUAGUGAAACUGACAGAGCUAGUGAGGCCUCUGUUUCAGAAAGCACUGAAGGCAGUUCUGUCAUCCCUCAAGAGAAUUCUACUCCUACAAAUGUCCAAGUGAUUGAGGAAGAUCAUCCUAGCACUCCUCCAACCAAUGUAAAUGCAGCAACUUGUGCUGCAAUCUCUGGCCCAAAUUGAUUUUCUCACAACAUAUCUAUAUAAUGUUUGCAUGUUUAACAUGCAUAUGUGAAGGCCGAGAAGUUAUUUCUGGAUGGUCAGCAGCACUUUUGGCAAGGAGAGGAAGGGUCUCGCUAUCAGUUGGUGGAUAUUUUUAGGAUAUAUUCACGUGGGUUCUUUCUUUUUAUCUGUUUCGACGGAGAAAGAAUGGUAACUCUGGAUGCUCCCAUGUUUUGUAAAUUUGGCUCUGUAAAAAAUUCUCCCAAGAGCUUUGACCUCCCUCCGCCACUUUCCUCCUCUCAGAUUUAUGAAAUAUACCCUCUAAAUAAUACAUAAGCAGAUCCGAUGUGAACUGUAUUAAUCA